AUGGUCCUGGCAAGACCCUUUCUCGUCUCUUUCCUCGCCCUCUCAUGCCACGGCUUCACUCCCAUCUACUCUCCCACCCCCACGAGGAAGCUCCCCUCAACUCACCUUGCUCGAUGGAGGGGAGGCAUGUGUUCUGCCCGACGGGGGUGUAUCCCCAGGAUGUCAGUCUCGUUGGAUUCAUCUCAGUUUGACAAGGGAGAUGCAAAUCCCAUCGACUCCAUCGAGACUCUCGACAAGCUGGUUCCCAGAACGAAGAUCACUGAGCUCGUGAAGCAAACCUCCGACAGACAAGGGCUCCUCCAGGUCGCCUGGCAUGUAGCAUGUUACGCCGUGUGCGCGGGCGUGACGGCAGCAGGGGACGUGCUGGGCAUGGCGAGUCUCAAGUUGAUAGGGAUAGCACUUCACUACUUCUACUACCACUGGGCCCACCACAAGUUCACAGGUCCAAGUGCUGGAGGGAACGUGGAGAAAGACAGCGAGCUACAGCCGUCAGCGCUUGAUAUGGAUGUUUCCACAUGGCCCGGGUACGUGCUCUACAUCUCCGGGCUUCCAUUCUGGUUCGACGCUUCCUCCACCACCAUCAUGCAUGCGCUGGGAAAGAAGCAGGCGCACGAGCACUACCUCGCCAACCCCAAGUUUUACAGGAAGAUGGCAUGGCAAAUGCCUUAUCACUUUGAGCACCAUGCAUGGCCGUACGUUCCCUUCCACAAGCUCAAGGAUGCGAACAAACUCAUUCAGGAAGCUGGUGGCCUCAAAGACUCUGCAUGUAAGAAGAAGAAGAGGAACAGGGAAGCGAGAGCAGGAGCAGUAGGAGUUGUAGCAGCAGGGGCAGGGGCAGGAGCAGCUGGAGUUGGGGCAGGGGCAGGGGCAGGGGCAGGGGCAGGGGCAGGGGCAGGGGCAGGGGCAGGGGCAGGGGCAUGGGAUGGGGCAGGGGCAGGGGCAGGAGCAGGGGCAUGGGGGAUUGGUGCUCCCAGCGGAAGCAAGGGUUAUGUCUUCCUCAACUUCCAGUUCCUCUCAAGGUGA